AUGUUUAAUGAAAUUGAACAAUUUAUAAAUAAUUGCAACACUUGCAAUAAAUUUCAAAAUUCAAAUAAAAAAAGCCCUCUAAUUCCUCAUGAAGUUCCAAAUUACCCGUAUGAAAAGGUAGGAGCAGAUAUUCUAUCCUUUGAGGGUACAGACUAUUUAGUUAUUGUUGACUAUUACUCAAAAUGGUUUGAUUUAAUUAAAUUAAAAUACAAGACUGCUAGUGAAAUAAUUAAAAAAAGUAAACAAAUAUUUAGUACACAUGGUAUACCAAAAACCUUCAUAGCUGACAAUAUGCCGUUUAACUCAAGUGAAUUCAUAACUUUUUCUAAAACUUGGAAUUUCACAGUUGUUACAUCUAGUCCCCAUUACCCACAAAGCAAUGGCCUAGCUGAAAGGACAGUACAAACUAGUAAAAAAUUACUUAAAAAAGCCCUAGAAGAAGGAUGUGAUGUAGAGGCAAUGCUUCUAGAAUAUAGAUGCACCCCAAUAAUCAGUCUGCAAGCAUCUCCAGCAGAACUAUUAUUCAGUAGGAUUUUAAGAACUAAAUUACCAAUAGCUAACAAAUUAUUAGAACCCAGACUCCAACAUAAAGUACAAACUAAACUAAAAGCAUUCCAGCAAAAAUACAAAUCCAAUUAUGACAAAACAGCUACCAAAAAAGAAACACAAUUUAAACCUAAUACAAAUAUAUUAAUACAAAAUAAUAAAGUGUGGUUACCGGGGAAGGUCAUAGCUAAGGCAAAUGCACCCAGAUCAUACCUUGUUGAAAACAAUAAUGGUACAAUUAUCAGAAGAAAUACUAAACACUUAAAAAAUACUAAAAUUAAUAUUACAGGAAACAGUAAGGAGGGAAACAUAGAGGGGAAAUCAAAAGUGAAAAAUAAGUCUAACAAAAGUGUCUUGGUGAAAGAGCUAUCAACCAGACCCAUAAGAAAAAAAAAGUACCUAACAGAUUUAAAAAUUUUGUAA